CGCACUCAUCAUGGGAGAGACAGAAGAGCGCACCGCCAUCCCCGUGACCUGCUUUACCGGCUUCCUGGGCGCGGGCAAGACGACGACGAUCCUCGGGCUGCUGGGCCAGCUGCCGAAGGACUACAAGGUCGUGCUGCUCAAGAACGAGUACGGAGACGUCGAGGUCGACUCGUUGCUCGCGCAGCAGAGCAACAUUACUGGUGUAUCGGAAAUCUUGAACGGGUGUUUAUGCUGCACAAUGGUUGGGCUGGUGGAGAACGCCCUCAUUGAGAUCCGGGACAAGUUCAAACCCGACCGCAUCAUUAUCGAAUCGAGCGGCUCCGCCUUCCCCGCCACCCUCGCACUGCAGAUUCGCUCACUCGAGCCGCAGGGCUUCAAGCUUGACGGCGUAGUGACAGUCAUCGACUGCGUCAACUUUCGAGGGUACGAGGACGACUCGCCGAGCGCCAAACUACAGGCGCAGUACACGGACCUGCACAUUUUGAGCAAGCACGAAGAGGUGUCAGAGCGGGAAUUCGACAUCCUCCUCGAUCGCUUGGGUGAUCUGACGGACUCGACACCACACGUCAAGAUCAGCCGCGAGAAGCCGCUCACGCCGGAACUCGUGUUUGGGCUUGACAGCACGCUGUUCCUCAAGGGCAGCGAGGAAGCCGAUACUUGGGCGGCAAUUGGGGGCGAGGGGGCGCACAUUGACGAAGUUCAGACCAAGUCGGUGUGGCGGGGCGGGCGAAGGCCAGGAAAGCAUGAGCACGCGGAUGGCAAGGAGUGCGGGAGUUGCCAAGAGGAGGGGGAGGUGGGCGAGGUGCAGCCCCUGCCGCGAGAGGAGCUCGCCGCUCAGCUCAAGAAGUUUGAACACAUCCCAGAGAUCUAUCGCAUCAAGGGCAUCGUGCGCUUCCCGUCCGCCGCCGGCGGGUACGAGUCGCACGUGCUCAACUGGGCGUUUGGCAAGUACGAGCUGACGCGCAUGCCGGCGCUGGACGACGUGCCGGACCUGGCUGGUGUGAGCUUGCGCUUGACAGUCAUGGGCGAGCGCGGCGAGGUCGCGCGUCCCGCGCGCAUGCUCGCUGAGGGCCUCGGGGCGCAAGUCGCAUAGCCGCCGGCCAUGUAUGUAUUCCAUAUCGCACCAUGCAUGCAUAUCCAAGCUCG